AUGGACAAUGUACCAAAGUUAUCGGUCCCAUCAACUGAAGGAUCGGCAAGCACUACAGAGGAUGAGGAUAAUGAUACCAAUUAUGAUACCGACGCGACUAUGGAUGAAACACCUCCACCAAGACGAUCGAGUAGUGCCGAUACGUUAGUGAAUGCUGCCAUUAAGAGCCACCAAGAAGCUGAAGGACAUCAUCGCCAUGGAGGAUUUAAUCGUCAAUUAUCGGAAUCACUUGGUUUGAUCCAGGGUAUCUUGAAUGGACGACGUUUAUCACAUCACCCUCUACAUGGAUCACGACCCUCCAAUGUUGGCUUUGAAGCCUUGCAUGAUAAAGGACCUUGCCAUGAUCACCUUGAGAAAUCAGAUGAAGAGCAUAGUAAUGGGAUCAACAUCAACCAUCGUGGCAGCGUAUUGGGGAGCUUAUUGCAAUUGGAAUCCCACUUGGCACAAAGAAGAUCGAGCACGAGAUCCCAAAAGAGAAAGUCAAAGAGGAGGCAAGGAUCUGUCAAACGUGACCGAGGUGGCACACCAUUGGUAGAAUUGGCAAAGAAAAACAAAUCAUCGCCUAAUCUAUCAUCACGACAAUGGCUGUAUCAUGUCACUUCGAGUGACCAUGUUGUCCCAAGUCUCAACAAACGACGUAAAAAACGCCCUGGUACUUCACGCGCCAAUAGCAUCAACUCGCAGGCAUCCCAAUUUGAGCCAAUCACUGUCGCCGAUCGUGUUCGUAUUGCAUUUGAAAUUGCCAACAUCUUGCAACGACAAUCAUUCUUGUAUCGCCUUUCAAAAGCACUUAUGCAUUAUGGAUGUCCUGCUCAUCGACUUGAAUACAUCCUUAAACAAGUUUCCGACACGCUCAAUGUGGAUGCUGAAUUCGUUUAUAUACCCAACAUCAUGAUGAUCAACUUUUUCGAUCCAGGCACCCAUACCACCGAAACGCACUUUAUCCGCCAAUCACUUUUAUUUGACAUGCACAAGCUGGGAGAGGUUUUUCGACUAGAAAAGCUUGUGGCCCAUGGCGAGGUCACUGUUGAUGAAGCGCUUGAAUUUCUCGACAAGGUGUCUGAGGAUCCACAAUUUUAUCCUGCGUGGCUCAAUCCCGUCAUUUAUGCGGUUAUCAGCUUGUGUGGUUGUGUCAUGUUUUUUGGAGGGCGUUGGAAAGAGGCAGGGUUAUCGGCUGGUUUAGCAAUCUUUUUUGCUGUAUAUGAGCUUUUCAGUGAACGCUUUUGGGGAUUCCAGCCAAUAUGGGAAAUCACUGUUUGUAUCAUUAUUGGAUUCGUGUCUCGAGCAUCCACACGAUGGGGCUUUUGCUUUAUACCCACGGCUUUUGCAUCCUUUAUUGUGAUCCUUCCUGGCUAUGUGAUUGCUAUUGCUAUCAUUGAACUUGUAUCACGUCAAUUGGUCAGCGGUGUGGUUCGCAUGGUCUAUGCUAUCAUUUACUCGUUCUUGCUCGGCUAUGGUGUUUCUAUGGGAUCAUCUCUCUAUGUCACGGUUGAUCGUCACACAUCUACGGAAGCAGCUCCUUAUUGCCAAAUCACUGCAAAUGCCAAUACAUGCAUCGUGGCCGAAUCCCAAUAUUACCUUUUCCUAACGGUGCCUGUGUUUGCUCUCGCUUAUUGUAUUCUUUUACGCAAUCGUCCAGCUCGGUGGCCGGUAGUCAUAUUUAUUUCAAUCGUUGGAUUUUGUAUGAAUUGGCUGUUCUCGUGCGUAGUCGAUGCACCACAACAAAUCAUCCAAGUGGUACCAGCAUUUGUGGUAGGGUUGCUAGGCAACCUUCUUACCAAGCUUACGGCAAGGAUGUCAUUCGAUGCAGUGCUUGUGGCGAUAUUUUAUCUUGUACCUGGAAGCUUGGGAUUGAAAGCGGCAAUUGGGCUUUUCGGUGGAAACCAAAAUGAAUACAUGUCCCAAGGUGGCUCUUUUGCACUUAGCAUGAUCGAAGCAUCUAUUGGCAUUGCAUUGGGUCUUUGCAUUGCCAACUUGCUGGUAUAUCCAAAAGGGGCACAACAUACACCAUUGAUGAAUUUUUGA